AUGCUCUUGAGAUAUCUACGAAAUGCCGCCAAAGUCGUAUGUGGUUCAAAUCGAACCAAGUCCAUAUCCAGAAGAAUAAUUCUGCUCAGAACUCAGUGCGAUAUUCUAGAUAUUUCUCUCGCAUGUGAGGCCGCGGUCGAUGAAGAAAAUAUACUGUUCAACGAUGGAGAUUUGGCACAAAAUGAGGCGCUGUGGAACAAGAUAUCAAAUAUUGACAAAACUUGCUUCUAUAGCCAGAUGAAAGCGCUACACUGUGAAGGUGCCGUGCGUGCAACGAUGGACUUCAUGUUGGCGUUCACUGCGAGUAAUAGCUUCAACCGUGGAAUCCUGGGUAGAGAAGUACAGGUAUUGACCAAGAUGACAACUAGCGCCUCGCUACCUUUGUACGCCCUCAAUGCGGACUUGCGGGCAUCAAAGAUAGUCACAGAAUUCCAGAAAAGCGAUAUGCAAUUCUUGAAAGACUUCUGGAAUGUUUUUGAAACGAGCGGGAUGAAACGUGUGCUACAGAUUAAAGCCCCGUCUGCUGGCGUGCGAUUCCACGUAUCUGCUAGAGAUGACAUCAAACUCUCUCACAGGCACCCGGAGGCGAAUUCGGGUAGAGAGAGUGGGCAACCUAAGAUAGAGUCAAUCGAAACGAAUGUUCCAGCGCCGCUGCUAGAUCAAAUAACAGUUCGUGUGAUUCGCACUCAGAAAGGUUCUGGUACGUUUGAAACGCUGCCGUUGAACAAGCUGCAAGCCAGUUUUAUGAAUAAGAUACCAAUAGUAUGGAGCAAGGAGCAAGCUCCCGAUGUAUCCGUCAAACCCUCAGUUGACCAUAUGGGACGUGCUACUAAUAAAAGCACUCGCAAACCGGGCAUUCUAUUCCAUAUACACGGAGGAGGAUUCGUAGCCCAAACUUCGCGAAGUCACCAGGCGUAUCUGAAGAAGUGGGCUCAGCAGUUAGACGGGAUGGUGGUCAGCAUCGACUACUCACUCGCACCCGAGGCCAAGUUCCCUGUUGCGCUAGACGAAUGCUUCUACAUGUAUGCGUGGGUAUUUCAACACGCCCACCAGAUGGGUCAUGAUCCCAACAACAUCUGCAUAUCAGGCGAUAGCGCUGGCGGGAAUUUGACAUUGGCUUUGGGACUAAGAUUGCACAAGAGGGAUUACCACUACCUAAAGCACUGCAGGCAAGCUAUCCAGCCGCAUGUAUUAAGAAGCUCAUAUCACCGGCGCGUCUGA